AUGGACGUGGCAAGGCGGCAGCCGCACUCAUGGCAGAAUGGGCUGGAUGCGAGGCCGCAGCCCUCGCACCAGAACGGCAUCGACUCCCUGUCUAGACUGGACGCGGGUCCCACGCAGGACUUGGUCAGGCCAAGGCCGGCACCAACCUUUGCCAAUGGCUUCGACCAUGGGCAUUCGGAGACCAGCAUCUCGCGGGGGGGCUUGGGCCGCGGGCUUUCUCCCCCACGACAGAGCCGCGACACUUUCGCAGGGUCUGCUGGGUACACGGAGUCGAUGCCCGGCUCUGUGUCUCGCAAAAUGCCUUCCACCGUGGCCUCGCCCUACUGGUUUUCCGAGACUUUCGGCUUCGCUGAGGAGGCCUAUGAGAAGACCCGAGAGAAGUUUGCCCUCACGGAGGAUGUCCUAGAAAGCAAAGCCAACGGCCGGCGCUUCCACGUGGGGCCUUGGGCCUUGAUCUCUGUCGCAGAGCUCCGAAGCCAACUUCUCGCUGCGAGCUCCGGCAGUGCGGUCCCUGGUGGCCUCGGGCUGACCUUCAGCAACGUCUGCGGAAAUGCGCAGACGAUGCACCGCGACCCUGCGAAUGUCGGCUCCGUGUUUCAAGUCGCGUCGCAGUUCAACUGCCUGGAGAUGAACGAGCCCGGGGCAAGACCUGAGGACGGUGUGACGCGGUACUACAGCGAUGCCACGCAGGGGCCUGCUUGUGCCAUCAGCUGUCCUGCAGGGACUGUCUUCCGCAACUAUUUCGUGAACGGCAAAGGCCAGGGUCGCGGCCACCAACUGGAUGGCUUGGCUGACAUAGCGGAGCUCGUGGGGAACUCCAAGGAGAAGUAUUGGCGAAUGGUAAACGGUUACUGUCUGCCCGUGGAUGCAAAAAGCAUCGGGCGACUCAGCAGUCGUUUGAAGGAGGACGAAGGGCUCUCGGAGGAGCUCCGCAGCCGCUUGCGCAUCGGCGUUCACUGGGAGACGGAGGUGGCCAACAAGGAUCACCGGGUCUGCCAGGUUUUCUGCUCCGCGCUGCCCGUCGCGUACGCAAAGAGCACUCGAUCCCAGGACUGGGAACCUUUCGGGCGCCUGGUUCUGCAAGGGACCUUCGAGGCGACUUUGGCCGCCGCCGCUCUGCUGGCCUUCGAGCGUGGCCAGCGCGUGAAGGUCUACCUUACGGCCGUCGGUGGAGGAGCCUUCGGCAAUCGAACGGCUUGGAUUGUGGAAGCCAUCGACCGGGCCUUAAGGAUCCAUGCGGACUCGCCCCUGGAUGUUAUGCUGGUACAUUUCGGCACUGUGCCGCGAGGCGCCUAUGCAGAUCUAGCCAAGGGCCGCAAGACGCCAAAAGCGCCCAAGCCGGCAGAAUCAAAGAUCGAUGCUGCACCGGAAGCCUCAAAAAGUCCUGCUGGCGCUGCGGAGGCAUCGCCGGAGGCACCCGGGCCACCAGCCCUGACGCGCACAGAGAGUGGGGCUGUGUCGAUCUCUCGCGCCUUUGCCAAGCUGGACACGAACAACGACGGAGUCAUCCUCGAAAGCGACAUGAGCGCCGUGCUAAAACAGCUGGUGCCAAGCCUUACGGAUGAUGACAUCAAGGCCAUGUUUGCAGCCGCAGAUUCCAACUCUGAUGGUGAGGUACACUACACCGAAUUCGCCGCAUGGGUCACUAGUGAGGAUGCGUCCAGCGUCGUUGGACACGUCAUGCAGCUGGCUAAGCCGGAUGCACCAUCAGAGUCGUCACGGCCAACGCCUGCAUUCUCGAGCACCGCACCGGCCGAAGCCGCGGUGUUUCGGAUGGAGGAAUCGCGGCAGAGCGACCCGGCAGUAAGAGCACAGCUGCCCUCAGGUCUCUCCGAGACCGGCGGCCCGCAAGUUUCUGCGAUUGCAGCAGGUGCCGCGUCUCAAGCAGCAGCGGAUGUCCAGGUCGAGGUACGGGGCAGCGGCCAGCUGCCCUCGGCCUGGCGCACAUGGGAGGAGGUGACAUUCCCACCUCGGGUGCGGGCUCCGCUGGUGUCGGCGGGCUUCCCGGCACCGACUGCGAUCCAGCAGCAUUCUUGGCCAAUUCUCACAGCAGGCCGAGAUCUGAUAGGGGUUGCGAAGACGGGCUCGGGCAAGACGCUGGCCUUCCUGCUCCCCAUCUUCGCCCGGCUCCUUGAGAGCAAAGUGGAUCUGCGAGGUCCACCAGCAGCGCUGGUUUUGGCACCCACCCGAGAGCUGGCCUGCCAGAUCGAAGCCGAGGCCAAGCGCUUCGGGGCCACCGCCGGCAUGCGCGCUGCAUGCCUCUAUGGCGGUGCCCCCAAGGGCCCACAGCUCGCAGAGCUGCGGCAGAGGCCCCAGCUAUUGGUGGCCACGCCGGGGCGGCUGAACGACCUCCUCGAGCCACCGCCAGGAUUGUCUGUGGCUGUGGACGUCAAGUCCGUGCGGUAUCUGGUCCUGGACGAAGCGGACCGGAUGCUGGACAUGGGCUUCGAGCCCCAGAUCCGGAAGAUUAUCAGCGGACUUCCACAGGACCGCCAGACUGUGAUGUUCACCGCCACGUGGCCGCUGUCCAUCCGCCGCCUUGCAGCGGACUUCCUGCGAGAUGCUGCGGAGGUCCGUGCCGGCGAGGUGGACGAGCUGAGAGUGAACCCAGACAUCACACAGCAGGUGGUGUUCUGCCUGGACAUGCGCGAGAAGGAGGAGUGGCUGGAUAAGAUCCUCCGGGAAAGCGGCAGUGACCAGGCCAUCGUCUUCGUGAACACCAAGCGGAUGUGCGAAGUGGUCUCCUCUCGCACGCCGAACUCGAUGGCCAUCCAUGGGGACAAGGACCAGCGGGAGCGAGAUCUGGCUUUGGGCCAUUUCAAGUCGGGCACCGUGCGGGUCCUCGUGGCCACGGAUGUGGCGGCCCGUGGACUGGACAUCAAGGCUGUGAAGGUGGUGGUGAACUUCGAUCCUCCGAAUCGCGAGGAGGACUAUGUCCACCGCGUCGGCCGAACGGGCCGGGCCGGGCAAAAAGGCUUGGCCUGGACCCUCCUGACCAACGAGGACGGUGCGGCCGCGCGGAGCAUCGUCUGUGGGUCGGCCUUUGCUCAGAGGCUGGCUCUCCAAGCCUUUGAGAUCAGUGGCAUGGGUAUGGACGACGAUUUUGACUUUGGUGGUGAUCGGUUUGGGAGCGGCCGGGAGCAGAACGACUUCCCGCGGUCGUCCUUCAUGAACGACUGCCUACGCAUGCAGCAGUUGACUGACUUGGCAUUGGUGGACAAGUAA